AUGCGCGUCUCUGGCACUGCAGCUGCAAUUGCCUACGCGGCCCUCGCCGCUGCCAAAGCCACCCAGGAUGCGCCCGUCAUAAAUGGCAAUCCUGCCGGCGUCCGCUACAAGGCUGUCCUGCCCGAGACUCCGUUUUUCCCCGUGGAGGGCCUGACGGGCAAUGUCAAGGGUGUCAUCAUCGCCGAGACGCCGGCCGACGGCGUCGGAGUUAAGUUUACGGUUGAAUUUUCGAACCUGCCCAAGUCUGGCGGUCCUUUCCCGUACCACAUCCACGUCGACCCCGUGCCCUCGGACGGCAACUGCACCAAGACGCUGGCUCACCUGGACCCUUACAUCCGUGGCGAGGACCCGGUUUGCGAUUCCACGGCCCCCGAGACCUGCCAGGUCGGCGACCUCAGCGGCAAGCACGGCAAGAUCACGGCAGACCCGUUCCAGGUCCAGUACGUGGACAAGUUCAGCUCGCUCAAGGAGGGCGAGGGCUCCUUCUUCGGAAACAGGUCGUUCGUGCUGCACUUUGGCAACAAGACGCGCAUCAGCUGCGCCAGCUUCGUCAAGGUUCACGGGUCUGACACAAAUACGACCACGACCAAGACCAAGUGCCCGACACACGCUCCGACGACGGUUCCCGUGUCGUCAGGGGUCGGCACAGGCUCGCCUACGGCGCCGACUGCCACGGGUGCCCCGCCGACGAGCACCGUCGUGCCCAUUGCGGCCGCGGCGCUCUCGAGCGUAUCCCUGCCGCUCAUGGUGGUGGCUGCGGCGGCAGCCUUCUUUGCGCUGUGA